AUGCACACCACGCCACCGAGACAUACAUUGCUCCAACGCCUUGGGACGCGCGACGAUGUGGGAGCUGGCAACUCUGGCAUGCACUACAUAUUUUGUUCCUGUCCAUAUAUGUACAACGGCGUCAGAUGUAGGUGGCAGGCUUCGUUGCAUGAGUUCUGCGCUUUGCAUUUUACGUGCCACUACGCUGUUGCCGAGCCUGCGCUAGCAAAGGUCGCCGAAACUAACGUCAGAGAUUUCAAGAAGGCUUGGAAAUCAAUGGUACUCAAUUCAUGCAGGAGCUUGCGACAUGUCAACGGUUGCCGCGGCAUCCAGUUCGUCCUCGUACAUGGUGAAGGCAAGGGGUGCGAGUUGGAGCGUCAAGAGAUCAUACCAUUGAUCCAGGAGGUGAACAAGCUCAAGGAGGAGUGGCGCGACCAUGAUGGUUGGGCAUACGGCCUCACCGUUAAGUAUGUACAACCGAAGCAGUUGUCCGACAUCGUUUUAGCCAAGAAUGCCCCAGACGCGAUAGCUCACUGUAGCGAUUGGUCCGCAUUCACAUUUGAAGCUUCAGGCGCAUCGUUUGUGCAUAUGAACAAAAUUCCCCAUUCAGCAUAUAAAGCAGGUGUUGAGUUUGACAGCGAGCUCGAGGCUCAGACUGUUGGCACAGACGAUACAAAGUGUAUUGGCUACCGGCGCGACUCGAAUGGCAAGUUCUACUUACUUGUCGACGGAGAUGGCGAAUGGGAUGGAUUCGGGAAGUUUUCGGUAUGGUACAAAGAGGUAGAGAGCAUACCCCAAUCAGCAUACAAAGAAUGCGCAUGCUUUGACUCGGAGCAAGAGGUUCGACACGCUUGCAUGCGAGAUGUAAGGUGUAUUGGCUACCGCCGCGAUUCGAAUGGCAAGUACUACCUACUUGUUGAUGGAGAGGGAAGAUGGGAUGGGUUUGCGAAGAUGACGGUAUGGUACAAGGAGGUGGUCUGCAUUCCCAGGUCAGCAUAUAAGGAAGGCGUGUGGUUCGAAAACGAACAGGAUGUGCAACAUGCAUGCAUGCGCGAUGGUAAGAGUAUCGGCUACCGCCAGGACUCAAAUGGUACUUAUUACUUACUCGUGAGAGGAUUGGGGAACUGGGACGGCGUCCUGAAGGUAUUGUCGAAGAGGCCGCCAGUCGCCUUGAACGCUUUUACAUAUCUGGAAUCGUCUCGCUGCUGGCUGUUGUCAAAAUCUAAGAAUCGAUAA